AUGGCUAAAUAUCUUGAAUCAAAGGAUAGUGAGUUUAACCAGGAAGUUCUAUAUCGCACUGGAGAAAACUACAAAGGAGAGCAAACGUACACUCCAAGACUUGUUAUAUGUGAUUUGAAAGGUAGUCUAGGAACAUUGAGACAUGAGAGUGAGCUAUAUGAGCCCACAGAAGGCAGUCGACAAGCCCACGCAUGGACUGGAAAAAUGGAGCUGUUUGAAUCAGAUCCAAUUAAAAAAAACCAAUAUCUACAGUCUUUGGAUACCCCUGAUGGCGAAUUUAAACUGUCGUAUGCUGGAGACCUCUCAAAGAAUGUCAAAGUAUGGUCAGACUUCAACUCCUUGUAUUAUCAUCCAACGACCGUUUACGAACUCACUACACACACUCAUGAUGAUGAGAACAAUCGAUUUUUGUUACCUACACGCGGUAGAGAGGUGUAUCAGGAGCUAGCAAUGGAUGAAACGUUGAUGGAUGUAAGGAUUAGGCAAUUUAUGGAAGAGUCUGACAACCCUCAAGGAUUUCAAAUAUUUGCCAAUUCAUUUGAUGGAUUUUCUGGAGUUGCAGCCGCAACUUUGGAGUACCUUGCGGAAGACUAUCCCAAAAAGGCUCGAAUUGUUUAUGGGAUUGCUCAACCCAAAAGCACAAGUUUAUCCAAGGAGCAAACACUUGUUCAAAAUAUCAAUCAGGCUCUGACACUCAAGUGCAUGUCAGAAGAGAGUACUCUUUAUAUUCCGAUGCGAGCUCCAAGUGUUUUAAAAUAUGGCCAUGGAGUCUGGCAGUCCAAUCUCCGCAAACACGAGAAUAUGUACGAAUGGAGUGGAUAUCUAGCUGCAGCGAUUGAAACAGCCACAUCUCCAUUUAGGUUGACAAAUGCAUUUCGACUUGACAUGGCAGAUCUAUCUGGGUUACUCAAUCCGCAUGCAUUCAACUCGACAACUGCGCUGGCAUUUGGAUUACCACUUUCGCUUCCUCAGUCUCGCGACACUUCACUUGCAUCCAUUUUUAAAGCAGAUGAAAAAAUGAAUCGUUUUGAAUCUGCUUGGGAUCUUACACUUGAAACACCUUAUGAUCAAAUUGAUCGCACGUCACAUUGCUCUUUUUCUGUAUUCCGAGGAAUUGCAUCAAUUCUACAGCAUCAAUAUCCUAGUCUGAAUGGUCUUCAACCAUAUUCUAUCACCCAAGUUACGGAAGAAUUGACCAAUUUUACAAAGCGUUACGGACCAAUGCUUGCACAGAGUGCUAUUAUACAAACUCCUUUUAUAGUCGGGCCUACAUUUCCACAAUUUUUUGGACCCAUGGUAACGACCACGGGAUUGAUUCGGCCAACCAGUCCAAAAGACACGGAUCAAAUUGGACAAUCUGAGAAAAUGUUGACUCCAGAGCCAGUGACUCAAUGUGCAUCGUAUGCUCGUCUGCACUCUGGGUCGGCAUUAAAGCCUUUGUUUGAAUUUGCUGUAGCAUCAUUGAAGGUUUCUUCAUUAAACAAUUGGGUAUAUACCGACUACACUCAUGGUCAAUUCGGACUGGACCGAUCUGACUUUGAAUCUAGUAGGGAAACGCUGCAAGAAUUGUGCGAUGCUUAUGGCGAGAGCGUCGAUUAUGAUGAUUCUUUUUCUGAUGACAACUAA